CCUUUCUGUGCGCCGAGCCCAGAAACGGCCGCGCUCCGCCCCACGAACACCUGUUUCUGGGCGGAGAGCCUGCGCCGUUUCCUCCUCUGGUGUUUCGGCGCGGCCUCGGAUCCGGCAAGAUGGGCAAGAAGGGAAAGAAGGAGAAGAAGGGCCGCGGCGCGGAGAAGACAGCCGCCAAGAUGGAGAAGAAGGUGUCCAAGCGCUCGCGGAAGGAGGAGGAAGACCUGGAGGCGCUCAUAGCCCAUUUCCAGACACUCGAUGCCAAGAAGACUCAGAUUGUGGAAACUCCGUGCUCCCCGCCCUCACCAAGGUUAAAUGCCUCCCUCUCGGCUCAUCCUGAGAAAGAUGAAUUAAUCCUUUUCGGAGGUGAAUAUUUCAAUGGCCAAAAAACUUUUUUAUAUAAUGAGCUCUAUGUCUACAAUAUCAGAAAGGACACCUGGACCAAAGUUGACAUCCCCAGUCCACCUCCGAGGCGCUGUGCUCACCAGGCGGUGAUGGUGCCUCAAGGUGGCGGACAGCUGUGGGUCUUUGGAGGGGAGUUUGCCUCUCCCAACGGAGAGCAGUUCUACCACUACAAAGAUCUCUGGGUACUGCAUUUGGCCACCAAGACCUGGGAACAAGUCAAAUCAACAGGGGGUCCUUCAGGUCGGAGUGGACAUCGGAUGGUGGCCUGGAAGAGACAGUUGAUCCUUUUUGGUGGCUUCCAUGAAAGUACACGGGAUUACAUCUAUUACAACGACGUGUAUGCCUUUAAUCUGGACACCUUCAUGUGGAGCAAGCUGUCCCCGGCUGGGACAGGGCCCACACCCAGAUCAGGCUGCCAGAUGUCCGUCACUCCUCAAGGCGGCAUCGUCCUCUACGGGGGCUACUCGAAACAGAGAGUCAAGAAGGACGUGGACAAAGGCACCCGGCACUCAGACAUGUUCCUGCUGAAGCCAGAGGACGGAAGAAAAGACAAGUGGGUGUGGACUCGGAUUAACCCUUCAGGGGUCAAGCCCACUCCACGGUCUGGCUUUUCUGUGGCCACGGCCCCCAAUCACCAGCCCCUGUUCUUCGGGGGUGUCUGUGAUGAGGAAGAGGAGGAGAACCUGGAGGGAGAGUUCUUCAACGAUCUGUACUUCUACGACGCCACCAGGAACCGGUGGUUUGCGGGACAGCUGAAGGGACCCAAGUCCGAGAAGAAAAAACGUAGGCGGGGCAGAAAAGAGGAGCCCGAAGGGUCAGCAAGCACCCAAGGGCCCGUGGAGGUAGUCAAGGAGGUGGUGGCUGAGGAUGGGACGGUGGUCACCAUUAAGCAGGUGCUGGCCGCCCCAGGCUCAGUGGGGCAGCCUCAGUCUGAGGAUGAAGACAGCUCCGAGGAGGCCGACGGCCCCGUGCCCGGGCCAUGUCCACGCUCCAAUGCCAUGCUGGCUGUGAAGCACGGGGUGCUCUACGUCUAUGGGGGCAUGUUUGAGGCCGGCGACCGCCAGGUCACCCUCAGCGACCUGCACUGCCUGGACCUGCACAGGAUGGAGGCGUGGAAGACCUUGGUGGAGAUGGACCCAGAAACUCAAGAGUGGCUGGAGGAGACGGACUCGGAAGAGGACAGUGAGGAGGAGGUUGAGGGCGCCGAGGGUGGCUGUGAGGACGAGGACAGUGCAGAGGAGAGCAGCGCGGAGGACUGAGAGCCCCUGCCCGGGGCGCCUGGAGAGUGCUGUGCCAGCGUCUGCUCAGGACCCAGCCAUGUUGGGUGACGCUCUCGGCAUCCUGUGCCCUGACGAACAGGAGGAGAAGGUGCUGAAGGGGUGUAAACGUGCUCCCGUG